AUGGCUGCUGCAGAGUUAGGCACGGAUACUGAGUUUGAGGUUUCUGCAGAAGAGGACACUGGGAUAGGUAAGGACUUCGUGCUUUUUACUUCAAGGAUAUUUUAAAUAAGUCUAUUACAUCACCCCCAACCAAGUGUUAUAUUUUAUUAGAGAUUGAUUAUUUAGUACUCUUGGGUUACACCUAUACAUUUGACCUGUACCUAAACCCUUGAAUAUUUAAGAUGCAUAUAACAUUUGCAGUAUAAUCUGUGAUAAAGCAUGUUGAUUUAUGGAACUAUGGAUUAUAAUUAUGAAUUUAAAACUACUGACAGUAGUAAGCCUUAACCUUUAUUAAUAAUUUAAUUCUUAUGUAUUGUGUUUCAUUGUACAUCAGGCCUACAGAUGCAGCUCUUGUCCUCCCAGAGGUCAGAAGAGAGACACAGGGACCACUGUGAUUACCUCCUGGAUGCCAUUGAUGAACAGUUAGACCAGCUGCAGGUAGAGAUUUCAUAACAACAUUCUAAAAAUCUGAAUUGUGUAGUUAUCAUAAAUGAUUCCUAAAUAUGAAAGACACAAUGGCAUACAUGUCCUGUUCCAUUUAUGUAAGCAUUUAUUCAUAUGCAAAAUCAUCUGUACUUAAAGAGGAAAGUCACUCCUAUAAAAAUAUUACAGCCCACGCAGCUACCUAUUCCUUUAUAAGUCGCAUCAGUAUUCAUGUCUUAAUAGGGAGCUAUUGGAAGACUAGUCUCUGUUUAAUAUUGGUAUUGAAAUUAACCCUUUUGGCCUGUUUAGUCCAAUAAAUCAGCCCCCUGUAUACAGGAUGAUCCUGUUAUUUUGAAUCAUUCUCAUCUAGUUCUGUAAAUAAAAAUGUCACCCCCAUAGAAUUAUGCUGAAUUCAAUCAUGUCUGUAUCACUUAAUAAAUCUCUCUAUUAUGAGAUCCCAUUUUAAUCAAUACAACUUUUCAUAUGUAAUUUAAAGGGUUUGGCUGCGUAGGGAUUAUUCAGAGGAAACAAUUAUUGUCUACAGCAUAUAAAUGCUGCUUAUAUAUAUAUAUAUAUAUAUAUAUAUAUAUAUAUAUAUAUAUAUAUAUAUAUAUAUAUUAUAGAUGUGUGUGUGUAUGUGUAUAUAUAUAUAUAUGUAUAUAUGUGUGUGUGUGUGUGUGUAUGUAUAUGUAUGUGUGUGUGUGUGUGUGUGUGUGUGUGUGUAUAUAUGUAUGUAUAUAUAUAUAUAUAUAUAUAUAUAUAUAUAUAUAGUUAGCUGGAACUACCAUAGUAAGUAUAUUUCAGUAGUCUAAACAGUACUGAAUUGAAUAAUAAUAUUAUGCCGCACUCUCUUACAUGCAUAUUUUAAUUUACGGUUUAAAAGGGCAGAUAAUAAUGCAACGUUUUCACAAAUCCAAAACUUUCACUUUUGUACCAUAAGUUCUAAAGAUUUUUUUUCAUAGUCUUUAAAGUUUGUAAAGGGCUAUGGAGCAAGUGCAUUGAAUGUUGGUGUUGUAGAUCUCCUGAAAUAAAUAUUCUACACUGUCAAAAUUCACUGAGGUUAGAAUAAAUGUUCAGUAACACUAUAGUCAGAAUAGGUAGGAUGAUCCCAAGAUACAAACAUCAGUAGCACUGGUGAAAAAAAUCGACCUCUGCUUAAAUAGAGACAACAUGAGAUUUCAUGUCCAAGUCGUCUGCUUACAAAUACAUGUCUGUUUGUCCACCCGUUGUACAGCGCUGCGGAAUUUGUUGGCGCUUUAUAAACAAUAAUAAUUCACACGAAAAAAUGUUAUAUGUAUAUAUGCUUGUACUAGGGCAUUGAAAUAUUGUUUAAUAUGUUUAAUUAAAAUGAAAAGCUUCUAAACACAUUGAAAACAUUAUUUCUUCUUUAAAAUAAAACUCAGAGACGAUUUACAGAUAAUUAAAAGCAACUUUGCAUUAGUUUAAAGAUGGUACCAUACCAGGCUCAAGGUUCAUUACAGCAGUUUAUGUUUUAUCUGAAAAGUAUUUAAAUAAAUCUAAGUUUACAAAGGCAAGAAUUGUCUGGUGUCUUUUCUGCUAUUUCUUGUAGUGAAGUACAUUGAAAAUUGCAGCUUACAUGUGGGUACCUACUUGGAUACGUAACUGCAAAACAUGCUGGCACACACAAUACACACAGCUUCUUCAACAUCUGUUGCAAAAAAAAAAAUUGUAAAUAUGCAGUGCUAAUUUUUACCCUGCUUAUGAUCAUGCUGUAUGCACACAAAUCACUGCAGCUUUCAAAGGUUAUUAUCAAGUCUUUCAGAAGAUGCUAAACCACAGAAACCAGGACAAGUAUUUAGUGCUUUGUAGGGAUGUAAUCAGUGGUGUAUUUAGGAUUUGUGCUGCCCUAGGCAGGACGGUUCGACCCCCAAUUUAAAUUUUUUCCACCACUUCCUGUCAAAGCCACACUUUGAUUUACAGACGCUCACUCACUGACAGACGCUCACUCACUGACAGACGCAUACACUCAUUGACAGACACACACUCUCAUAUACACUGACAAACAAUGAUAUACACACACACUCACUGAUCUGACAAACUCACACUCACUAACAGACAUACGCACUGACAGAUGCACGCACUCACAGAUGCACGCACUCACUGACCGACAUACACACAUUCACAUUGAUACACACACUUACAGACAUACACACAUUCACUUCGACACACACACUUACAGACACACACAUGCACACAUUCACUUAGCACACAUUCAUUCACAGACACACACACAUUUCCACCAACACUCACUAAUUAUUAUUUUUGUAAUUUUAUUUUAAAUCCACCCUGGGAGAGCUGGAGUGGAUUACUUACUUGCGGUACAGUGGGGAAGCUGGUCCGGCAGGCAGGGGGCGGACAGGCAGAGUAGGUGGCAAGGGAGCUCUGAUUUUCCUGCUCAGCUCCCUCGCGCACCGCUUAGUGAUGCCGGGAGCCAGAGUGACGUCAUAUUCCGGCUCCCAGCUUAAUUAAGUGGCGUGGGAGGGAGCUGAGCAGGAAGAGCUCAGGUGAGCAUGCUCCCUCGCUGCCCGCCGCCUGCCUCUGGGGGACUUAAAUGUGGCCAGCCGGCGAGUUCUUGAGUCCUCCAGGACACGAGGCAAACAAGGGACCUGCCUGGGCGUUUGGGGGCGGCUUUUUUUGCCGCCCCCUGCAAAGUGCUGCCCAAAUCAGAUGCCUUGUUUGCCUUGCGGAAGAAACGUCCCUGGAUGUAAUUGCCCCCAGAAGAAUGGAGAGCAAAAGAAAAAACUGUUUUGGUAGUUGGUGAAUACAACAUAAAAUUUUUAUCACUGUGCUUUGUUCUUUUUUGGUUUAAAAUGAAAUUAUCUAUUAUUUCAGCCAAGGCCAACAUUGAAGAAUUCACAAAAGAAUGCAGAUGAAAACUCAAAAUCAGAGGUGUUUAAUGCAGGUAAACUAUAUUUAUUUUACUUAUUUAGUAUCUUAUCUAAAUGUUUUAAAGCAUAAUUCAUAUGACUUUAAAAAGUUUUGCCAGAUACUGCAAAUACCUCUCCUGCAUUGUAAAUGGACAGUACUAUUCCUUUAUAAGUUACAUCAGUAUUCAUGCCUUACUUGGGAGAUAUUGAAAGACUAGUAGGAAAUGUGAGUCUCUGUUUAAUAUAAGUAUUCGAAUUAACCCUUUUGGCCUGUUUAUUUUAAUAAAUCAGCCCCCUGUAAACAGGAUGAUCCUGUUAUUUUGAAUUAUUUUCUUCUAGUUCUGUAAAUAAAAAUGUCACCGCUAUAGAAUUAUGCUGCACUCAAUAAUAUCUGUAGCAGUUAAUAAAUCUCUCUAUUAUGAGAUCCUAUUGUAAUCAAUACAACUUUUCACAUGUAAUUUAAAGGGUUUGGCUGCAUAGAGCAUAUAAAUGAUGCUUAUAGCUAGAUGUAGUUCAGCUGGAUCUUCUAUAGCAAGUAUAUUUCAGAAAUGCAAUUCAAAACAAUUCCAAACAUACACAAACUACCACACUAAAGUGUACAAUUAUAGUCACACUGAGAUUGUACAAAUUGCCCCUGCUUUAUGGGGUUAAAUAUAAUAGAAUACUGUCCAAACAAUUACUAUGACCAACAACAAUAUUUUGGAACACUACAAAUUGGCUUUUUGAUUUGCCAUAAUCCGUUAAGAUCAAAGAUCCCUAUGUAUUUUUUCAACAGACUGUGAUCACGACCUCCUAUUAUUAAACGUCCUUUAAAUAUAAUCACUUCUUUUAGAUUACUUAUUUUAACUAAUUACCAUCACAUACAUAUUAUAUUACUUUAGUUCAAACAUUUUACUAACAAAACAAGUAUCACGUUCAUGUUAAACAUGGCCAUGCAGCUCAAAAUGUAUUUUAUUACGUUACAGCUAUACUGUAGAAUAUUAUAAUGAAUUGGUGCUGGGUUCCCAUAAAGUCUAUGGGUUUGAAUGCUAGUUACUCAGUGAUUUUGCAGGCUUGUAUUGAUGGGUAGCUUUGCAACAUCAAGGAUCAUGGGUGUGCAAUACCCUAGAGUCCAGUAGAAGAGGCCAAUAGACUUUUCAUAUAUUUCUGAAGUAUUAGUGAAACUGUAGCUGUUUAUUAAAAUACAUUAGUAAAUAAUAUUACCCACAUUUGUUGAUUUACAUGUAUAACUGACCCACUUGGUUUAUGCAUGCGAUAUAAUCUUACUAUUGCUAAUCAAGCAGUAAAUACAGUUAAAUAUAUUUAUGUAUCACCAACAUAUCCUGCCCAGUGUACAGUUGGAAACAAGACAUUUCAUUCCAACAAAACAUGUAUGACAUAUAUUAACAGUAGCUGAAGAGGGAUCUGCCUCAAUGAGCUCACAAUCUAAAGACCUGAUAUAAUGCAAUCGAGCAUCGAUCAGUAAUUACUAUUCUCCAUUUUAUAGCCUUUCUUCUACCUUUAUGACUACUGCCAUCUAGUGGUAUGUAAUAUCUGUCCCAGUAUAUCAGAUAACGACACUAGAGAUAACAUUUGUUACUUUAUAAAAAAUCUGGCCAAGUAGCUAUCAAUAGAGAAAUUUAAACUAUUCAUUCUUUAUAUUAGAAAUAUUUUACCAUUUCACGUUUUAUUUGCGUUGAAAAUUAUUUAAAUUAUAUAUAUAUAUAUACCGUCUAUCCCCAAAAAUAAGACCAGGUCUUAUAUAUAUUUUUCCCCUGCAAAAUGCACUGGAGCUUAUUUUAGAAAAAAACACAAAAAACGUAGCAACCAUGUGCUGGAAAGCAGGUCUACAUUCGGUUGAAUUCCCUCGAACAUCGACCAGUUCACUAAGGCAUGGAAUCCGCAAAUCUAUGUUCAGGGAAAUUUCCCCGAACAUAGAUUAGUUUACUAGAGUAUGGAAUCCCUCUGGAAAUUUCCCCGAACAUAGAUUAGCUUACUAGUUUAUGGAAUCCCUCUGAAAAUUUCCCUGAACAUAGAUUAGCGAACUAGCGACUAGGGCAUAUUUUCAGGUUAGGGCUUAUAUUACGAGAAUCCCCUGAAAAUAAGCUAGGGCUUAUUUUAGGGUGAUGUUUUGUGUAUGUGUGUAUGUGUGUAUGUGUGUAUGUGUGUAUGUGUGUGUGUGUGUGUGUGUAUAUAUAUAUAUAUAUAUCACCCUAUCUCCAAUUCAAUGAAUAUCUUGAUGCCUUGGUGCAAUCCCACGUUAUAUAGUAUAUAGAAAGGAAUAAGAGAAGAACUCUCAGGACUUUACAAUUAAUCCAUUGGUAUUUAUUAAAACAAAGGUUACAUCAUCUGAUCAACGUUUCGACCCUACAGGGUCUUCCUCAAGAUAUAUAUAUAUAUAUAAUUUUGUGUAUAUAUAUAAUUUAUUUUUUUUCUGUUAAUAUACUGGUGAAAUAUCAAUGGUUUGGUUGAAUCACAAUAUAUUGUACUACAUUUGGAAAAAUGAUCAUCACAUGAAUAUGAAUGUAUGACGAAAAGCAUCUGGUUUCACUCUUUAUUUUGUCAUAUAUAUUUAUUGAUUGAUAUGGUAUUUUUGUAUUCUGAGCAUGUUUUCACUCUUGUGAAUAUGUUUUUUUGAACAUUUUUUUUUUUUUUGAGUGGGUAUUCCCGCCAUAUGUGGAGGAAGGAUCCUACCCCUCUCUUGCACCUCCAGCAAUAGCCGUCCAUGUCUAAGUGCAUUCUCUGUAAGCGUUCUGGUGUCAGGUACCAUUGCGUGAGGACCUUGUAGGCCGUUUCCUGAGUUUUGCUAGCGAUUGCGCAAAGGUGCACUAGGUCGCAGAUCUUGUGCCACUGGGUCUCGGUGAGUGUUUCCCCUAUGGCGGUCUCCCAUUUGGACAUGAAGGGGGGUGUUCCUGUUGUCGUUGUAGCAUAGAUUAGAGGUAGGAAAUGCUAUGGGGCAUGGGCUCCAGGUCCUGGCACAACUGUUCGAAUGGCGUAAGGUCCCUAUAUACGUCGGGGUGUUGUUGUAUGGUGGUAAUGUAGUUCUUAAUUUGGGUGUAUCUAAAUGUCGUCAUGAAGGGGUGGGUGGGUGUGCCCAUGAGCGUCCGUAAUGGCAAGAUUUUCCCAUUGGCAGUCAUGUCUCGGAGUCUGGGUAUGUUUUGUGGGAGGACGCAGCGGAGGUUUCCUGGUCUUAUCCCCGGUUCAAAGUCCGGAUUGUACACCAGAGGUAAGAGUAGUAUAAUAUUUAAAAGUUAAAUCAUAUCAAACUACAUGUAAUUACAGUAACUUAUUGAACAGCAAGUUUCAAAGAACAUAUGAUAGAAUAUUUAAGUUCCACUGAGAUAUGGAAUAUAUUAUUAAAGGGACAUUCCACACACGUAGAGCACUUGCUGAAAAGCUUUAUGUGUGGAAAGUGUGUUCUAUUUUUCAUUUUGCAAAAAGUGGAGAUUUCAAUAGAAAUUUACUCUUUUAUAAAUUAACCUUGUUACACCCCAUUGGCUUUCAAGCAGACAGCAGGUAAUAUUACUUCCUGGUUUAGUUAGCUCAAUGGAGAUAAACUCAAGAGGCGGCAAUAGCUCAGAGCACCUGCCUUACAAAAACUAAUUGAGCUGCAUUGGGAACUCUGUGAUUGGACAGUCACAGAAAGUCAGGGCGAGUUUAAAAGGGGAGGGUCUGCAAAGGCAGCAGACAAGAGAAUUGCAGGUUUUGCAAGCUGUUUUUAGAUUUUCCCCAAUGAAAAAUAAUGCAUAAUUAUUGCACCUAAUUUUUUAGUCAUUCGACUUCAUCCAAAAAUUGCUGCUAUUACAGUACAAUCUAUCUCAAUUAUAUGGUUUAAGUCAGUGUUCCCUGACCCGGUCCUCAUGGACCACCAAUAGUCCAGACCACCAAUUUUGUCAGUAUCUCCAUUGGAAUAAAACAGGGAAAUACAUAAAUCCUGGACUGUUGGUGGUCCUUGAGGACAGGGUUGGGGACCACUGGUCAUUUUUACUUUCACAAGCCUACUGAGAGUGUGAAAAUUGCUGAGAAUAAAUAGGUUGCUAAGGUAACUUUAACUGCUAAGAAGGAACUAUCUGUCACACUACUGGCACGGCAAGAACAUGUGGUACUCAAAUGAUAAGCGAAGCGAGCAGCAUGGAACCUAUCACUGUUCCACUCCUUAUAAAUGUCUUGUUCUGCUUGUGAAGAUACAUUAUCAUACAGUGACAAAGUGCACUAAGGCUAUCACAUUCCCUCACAGAAAAUGUGUCACUUUUUAUGCAGGGAAUUUUACAUUUUUGCAUAUGAAAUGUUUACCCGCUGGCAACGUGGUGUUCUUAUCAAAGUAGAUGAAAUAUGUUCCCUAAUUGGACAUUUCACUCUCUCAUACACACUUUACAUGUAACCAAUGGUCAGUGUUAUGUUUGGUGCAAGCUACACUUAAAACUGACCUUAUUGGAGUUAUCCUUGGCUGCAUGGUGGGCAGUAGCUGAAAAGCGUGCUCCGUAAGAUAGCAGGUAAUAUAAUAUGGACAUGGAUAAUUGACACUCACGAUGUGUGGAUUUCUCAAGCAGCACAGACUGGUCUGGAUAAAUACCUGGAUUUACAAGCUCAUCAUAUCACUAUCUAAAAUGCUUGGGCAUAGCUCUUUAUAUUGUGAGUUGGCACUUCUCUACUUCUAUGUUGUUCGUGAUCCAGCUUUCCUAAAACGGUUUUGCACUAUUGGUCUCUGUUUCCGCUUUUGUAUUUCAUAUUUACCACUGAGCAUUCAAAGCAAGGACUGAAGAAUACACACUCCAGGUCUUCGCUGUACUUUAGGAGACUCUUUAUAUUAUUGCUGAUUUUUGUUUAUUAUCUCUCAUUGUCCAACUUAGCGCACCCUGUAUUUGUUGUAUCUUGUUUCUCUCCAUUCUUUGAAGGGUUUGAGGGUUACCCUUCCCCUCAGGUGUGCGGCCCUAUUCUUCCCUGUGAUCAGUACUGUAGCGCUGUUCCUCUCCUAUUUUUUUUUUUUCUACCUCCUAUUCUUUAGCUGCAAAGUAAGAAUAAACUAGAUUUAAAUGUAGCAAGUAAAACUGUACAGAAGGUUGUAUUCUUAGCCAAACUGAAAAGCUAUAGGGGCACUUAUCAAGUGUUUUUUUUUUUUAAUUAUGCUUCAUUAUCCCUAUAUUUAAUAAAUAUGUAUCUGUGAGGUGUGAAAAAUAAAAUUAAAUGUAAUUAAGCCACACCUCUUUAUCCUGUCUCCAUCUUAGCUCCCUGUCAAUAAUUGCUGUAAGCUGUUCUUUCAGUAUAGAGAACAGUCAGUCAGAGAACAGGAGAAAUGAAACAAUGCUUCUGUUUUUCUUAUUCACUUGCAGUGUUUGCCCUGGCUUUGAUUUGUCUCAACUGGAUUAUGAUGUAUUUUGCUCAAUCUUUAAUUUAAAUUGAAAACAAAAUGAAACCUUAUAUAAAACAACAUACACCCAGUCAAAAAGUGCAAAAUUAAAUACGGUAGCUAAUUCUGGAAGUAUUAGCAAGAAUAUUCAAAAAGCAUAAAGGACUGAGCAUUACUGGCAUUGGGACCAAAGCUUCAAGGGUUCAAUGUAUCCAAAACGAAAAAGUAUGCUUGACAAAAAAAGUGUACAGCAAAAAAUUAUCUCUAACUAUAUAGAAAUAGAAGGGUCUUGCUGUCCAGAUGCCCUGAGAGAAGCCAUGCACACACAGAGUAACAGUCCCACACACAGAGUAAAAGCCGCAAACACUGCUGUAACCUUGCCAUAAAAAGUUUACUGGCACUCACAAAGGCACAUAAAGGAAAACAACAAAGGUGGAGUCAAAAAGAAAAAAAAGUUGUCAAAAGGUCUCAAAUGCAUUCAGAUGUUAUUUCCUUUUUGGUUUCCCUGUGUUGUUUUUUUAUUUGCCUUUUUGAGUGCUAAUAAGGUAAGUUUACAACAGCUUUUACUCCAACAAUCCAAACUCCAAAAGUAAUAGUGUAUUAAGGGAUGUUCCAAAUUUGGCAUGGGUAUAUCCAACGUGUAACCUUUUUAUAACUACCACCUUAGCACAUUGUCUUAUGUAGUCACUGGUAAGACACGCUCCUCUAGUAGCAACUCUAUUACACUGAGAGAUAUAUGUGUAUGUUUAUAUGUGUAUGAUGUAUGCACAGGGCUUGACAAAUUUCCUUGGAAUCUAGGAGCCAGCUAAAAAAAGUUAGGAGCCAGGUUAUUUUCUUUUUAAAUUAACAAAACUUUAUUUUUCAAUGAAAAAAAUACAAUUCAUAAAGGGGCACUAUAGUCACCAUAACCACUACAGCUUUAUGUAGAUGUUCUGGUGUCUAUAGCCUGUCCUUGUAGGCUAUUCAAUGUAAACACUGCCUUUUCAGAGAAACUUUAGUAUGUGCUAUCAAUGGACUAAAGGACCCGUAACUCUGCUGUAAGUUGGUUCACUAUCAAGGCCGACUCGGCUUUUUACCCUUCUGAGGGGGAUAAAACAAGUACCAUUAAGCUAAAUAAUAAGACUUCCUUCUGAAUGAGGAACAAAAUAGAUGAGUUUAAUAGAGCAGGUAUUUACAUAGGAUUUAUAGGCACAUCAACUUAAUGUUAUGCCCUUUCCGUUUCUUGUGCAGACACGGAACAGUCUCAUGGACAGACUCUUGAAAUAGAUUCUCGGAAUCCCAAAAAUGAAAUUACUGAUGGUCUUAAUGAACAAAAGAAAGAGUGUAAAAAAGAAGAGUACAAAUGGAGGCUAACUCACCUCUUAGGCUCUGAGCAGACAGAUCUUCAGGAGUACCACAGUGACUCUAACUCCGCAGAAAGUGUGUGCACUGAAGACUUUGUAGUCCAGUUCAAUCAAAGAUUGGUUGAACCAAUUGUGUCUAAUAAUAGCAAUGAGGUUGAUGAUCUGAAUGGCGCACAGUCCAACAAUGAAAAAUCUAAAUUUGUAGAGAAUAACCUUGAAAAUGCAGGUCUACCUGAAGAUAACUUCUCACUUAACACAGCAAGAAGAGAAGACAUACUGCAGCAGUUUAAAGAAGAAUUAGAAGGGGAUUUGAAAGCUGCUGUUUCUAUCAAUGAUGAAGUUCAGUGUUCAGGAAGCACUAGGAGCAGACGAGAAAGUGUUGAAUCUCUUGGAGGGAGAAUAUCAAGACUUAGCCAAGCUAAUAUUUUAACACCUUCUAGCCUAAGCAGUUUUGGAAAAACAAGUUCAGUAGGAAGUCAUUUUUCAUCUGGUGCAGAAGACCAGCAAAGAAGUAUGGGUUCCCAAAAAGACCACCAGGUGGAUAACAAAGCUGUUCUAUAUCCUUUGACCUCCACGAUUAUGGAAGACUUUAGCAGGAAAAUCCCCCUGGUAAUAAAACCUGAUCUACAAGAUGUAAGCACAAGCUCCCUAAGAGUAAAUCCAGGACUGCAAGGCAAAACAAUUGAUCACAAGUUAGAUGUAUGUUCUUCUACGGACCCGAGCCAUUUUCUAGAUAAAACCACUCCAUCCUUUGUUGUUGAAGGGCUAACUGAUUACAAAACAAGUGGUCAUUAUCCUGAUCAAAAAAGCCAAGAGGAAAUCAGAAAAUCAAUUCAUACUGCAGAAAUAGGGUUCCAUGCGGAAAGCUGGAUAAAUCUGUCUAAGGACACCCAGAAAGUUUGCCCCAAACCUCCAGCUGAGAAUGUGGAGAAAAGCUUCCAAGAUGCCUCUUCUCAGAUUCAGUUACAUUAUGGGGAUAACAAUGCUUUGAAAUCAUUAUGCAGUGAUAAAGAUGGGAUGCAAAGAAAAGGAGAGAGCUUUCCACCUCACACUCAAUCAUCUCUGGAAACAAGCUACACGUUUGGUUUAAGUAAGUCGUCAAACAAAACAAGUAUUGUAUCUUGUGUGUUGAAUUAACAUAUCGUAAAUAUACAAAAUGUGGCUUUUCAGCUGUAUCUUUUGAAGGCUGUGUGAUGUAUUUGGUAAGGAUGCUGUAAACUCUUAAUUUAAAGCUUUUUAAAAACCAGACAAAUGUAGAAGAAGAUUGGAAAUGCAGAAAUCUCUGCGGAUUCUGGUCUUAUCUUAGCGUUAUUGGGGGAGACUUAUUGAGUAUGUACAUGUGUACGAUGCCUUGUGCACUCCUGUGUAGCAAGCUGGAAGUCUGUAGGAUAUUUGAAAAGUGAUUGCAUGCACAGUAGAGGUAAUGAGUGUUGUACCUUGUUAAAAGAAUGAAUGACAACACCGGUGAUAGUGAAUGAAAGCUGAUAUCAUUGCUAUUGCUCAUAUAUGUCCUCAUUUAUUAUGAUGAGAAAAUGUUUUCUCUGUGCUUAUGGCAGUCUUAUAGUUGUAAGUUGCCUGCUAGGUGUCUUGCUACUUUUUCUUGAAUGAUGGACAAGAUGGAGGUAUUAUGGGAGAUUUUAGCAGGAUAAUGUGUAGUACUGUAUGAGAUUGUUACAUGCAUUUUUUUGCCUAUGAUGCCAUGUUAAAGAGUCACUCUAAGCACCUAAACAAAUUUAGCUUAAUGAAGCAGUUUUUGUGUAUAGAUCAUGCCCAUGCAGUCUCACAACUCAAUUCUCUGCCAUUUAGAAUUUAAAUCACUUUGUUUAUGCAGCCUUAGCCACACGUACAUUGGCUACAGCUCCAUUAGAAACAUUUGAUUUUUACAGUUCAGUGUAUUCACUUUAGAAGUUCUUAUAUCCUGCUUUGUUAAUCAACUUUAAUCACACACAGUAGUUUUCUGUAGGCUGUGGACAAUUAAGAGAUUAGGCGAUAUAAAUGUAUUAAUAAAACACACUGUGAACGAGGGAAACUAAAAAGAAAGAAUAUGUAGGGAGGCUGUAUGAGUCUCUCGCCAAGGUUGUGGUUAGGGUUUCAUAAAGAAUACAUUGAUAAUUUUUGCAUUAUAAUAAUCUUAACUAAACUUAAUCUUAAAGGAGAACUAUCACUUCAUUGAAAUUUGCACCAUUGAAUAAAACAUUGAAAUAAUCUAUUACUUAACCAUUUUUCAUGAAAUGCACAAUUUAGUUUUAAAUUAUAUUAUUGAUUAAACAAAAUACAUCAUAAUCCAGUUGAGACAAGGCAAAUCCAUGGCAUAUAUUGCAUGAAGAUGACAUUGCAUUGUUUAAUUUUUCCUGUUCUCUGUUUGCUUAUGCUGCCUGCCAGGUACAAAGUACUUAAUGGCAAUGAUUGACUGGGAGUUGGGAUGGAUGGGCCAGUUGCAGGAAAUUUCUACAUUUAAGUUUAUUUAUCACACCUCACAAAAACAAAUACAUAUUUGUGAUACAGUUUAUAUUGCUGUUGUUCUUACAGUGAAAGAAAAGAGGAGACCGUAGUGUGACACCCUGCAAUAAAGCAUUAUGGUGUCCUAUCGUGAGCCACAGAGAAACGGAUGCUUCCGUGGUGUGUAGAUAGCUAGAUAGAUGUAAUCAAUGAGUAAACUAAUUUGUUAGUUCAAUUCAUAGUACUACAGAGUUGUUGCUUUUUUUUUUUUUUUUUGAAAUCACCAGAAAACUUUUGAAUUCGGUGGAUUCAGAUUGGUUGAAAUAGCCAAGGGCAUUUGAAAAUAAGAGAAAUCUCAAUUUAUCCUUCCUGGUGAAAUAUUUUAGAAUAAUAAGUAAAUAAAUAAACGAUAGUCAUUAGUGUUCAUAAAAUAAAGUGUAAUACAGUCAACUAGGGACACAUAAAACCUUAGGCUCAGGUGCAUUCACACUGGAUUUAUAUCAUAAUACAGUCAUUAGUGAGCAUAAACAAAGGAUAAUAGAGUCAACAAGGGACACAUAGAAUGUUGGAAUAUGGAAGAGCUGAUGUAAUUACAGCUGGAAGGACCUGUACAGGUCAGGGUGGUGGAGGUCCUAGGAGUAGGUGAUGAGGCUAAAUACGGUAAACUGAGAGGGACUGGUAGGAGAGUUGAAUCAUGGUUGGUUGAGGAAGGCUUGUGUAAAGAGAUGGUUUUAGUAUAGUUUGAAAAUUGAUCAUGAAGGACGUGGUUGGUUGGAUGAGUGGAUGUUUUUUCUUCUCUUUAGUACGGGACUAGGGGUGGGAAGUGACAUGAAGUAGAACCAGUCCAGAAGCCAUACUUUCCGUCCAUCCGUGCAUCUGAAUAAUUCUGUUAUUGUGUUAUAGUUUAUUUACUCCUGGCGAACAUGUUUUGGUAGGCUAUAUUUAUUUGCAAUAUUUGAUUUUGUGACUUCAACAGAGUUUUUUUAUAUUUCUACAGGAUCAAAAGACCAUUCAGAAGAUCUGAAGACAAUGGAUUCAUCUCUAAAGGAAGAAAAAGCUGGAGUGACUCAGUACAAACACAUUGCAGGUACGUGGUGACGACUAUGCGCGCAGUUAGAGUUGCAAAAUCAGCAGUUCUGUAAGAAAUGAAUCUUACAAAGAAUACACACUAUAAGCUGUGUUUACGCCAUUAAAGCCCUACAUUAUGGAUUUUCUUAUUGGCUUACAUAAAUCAAAUGACUAUUAUUAUUGGCAUUUAUAUAGCGCCAAGAUUUUCUGCAGCAAUUAUAGGAUGGCGAUAUCUGACAACAAGUAAUUGACAUACAGAAUAUUAACAGAGAAAACAGGUGAAGAAGUCCAUUCUCACAUGAGCUUACAAUCAAUGGGAUGGCAGCUCUACCUUCAGUAUAGAUGUCAGGCUUUUGUCCUCCAUCAUAGUUCGUAACACAACCAAACUCAAGACACUCACACCCUGCUUCUUUUUUAGCUUUUUCUUCUCUUUUCAUGAGAAUGAGUAAUAAUUCACAGACUUCAUUAGAUAUAGAAUAUAUAUCUCUUUGCAAGCAUGUAAGGUAAUUACAUAGUGAUAGAUAGUACGGCAGUCAGCAGGGAAGCAGCAGAAAUCAUGUCCAAUUCGUUUUUAUCAGUGGUCUAGUUGAGGGACAUGUCUUUUAACAAUCUAGUUAUAUAUAUUAGUAAAUUUGGUCAAAUGUAACUCUCCAGCACUUGAAAGUUUUGAAUAGAAUUGAAGUUAUUCUAUAAACAUACACCCUCUCUCCAGCUAACGUGCACAAUAUUAUACAUGAAUGAUAUGUCAGUUUGCACUAAUAUGGUAGUGUAGAUAACUUUUUCUUGUGUAACAGAGGUAAGAAUGCUUGUUUUGUCAGUCAGUAUCAAUAAACAUCUCCCGACAUUGACCGUAUGUAUAAGAAGUUCUAAAGUGACGUGCAAUGUUGGCUUAUGAUAAAUUCAGUAUAAUUUUUCUGAGCUUUAUAUGGAUGUUAUUUUACUAAAGGCAUACCCUUGAAGAGCUUUGACACAGUGACUGUUGACAGUGAUUUGGACUCUGUGACCACAGAGAGAGUGUGGGAUCAUAUUCGCAAAGCCCGAGGUAUCAAGAAAGGUGAGAUUAGAUUGGCUUCCAAGAUUUUAUAAUGUGGCCAAAUAUUGAAUUUGGACAUGUGUGCCUUUAUUAGAAUUGUUAACUGUCUCAGCUGCUCAGACAUGCCCCCAUGGACUUGCCAAUAAAUUCAUUGGUAUCCUAUAUUUUAAGAGAAACUGCCAGGUCUAGAUAAGGGCAUCAGAUUGUGAUCUUGAUGUUAAAGUCUUUAGUAGCCUACCUGCUACAUUAUAAGUUGCUGCAAAGUUCAGAUAAGGCAGGACGAUGGGCCACAAAAACAUACUCUAGAGCUAACUUUUUAAAAGAAACUGUAGUCAGUGAUGUAUUCUGAAAUAAUUGGGUGUGCAUGGAAUCAAAUGUAAUGUAAUGUAAUUUUGUAAAUCUCAUUGGCUGUUAGAUAUCAAACACUUCUAAAACAGAUUUAAAUUACAUUUCAUUUUAUUAGGUCACGCAGACUCUGGACACAGCACAAGAAGGUUGCAUUGGAAUCAUAAUGAGCGUGUAAGGUACUGGAUGAGAACUCGAAGUCAAAUCUUGAAAAAUCAAAUACACAGGCACUGGGUAGUAUUAAAAAGGCUAUUUAUUAUCAAAUCAGCAACAUUUUGGCUCUCAAAUGAGCCUUUAUUAAGUCUUACUAACAAACAUUGUAAAAAAAAUUAAAUACAUUUUGUUAUGACUAACAGUGGCUUAACACACAAACUUAGGUUAGCCAGAAACAGAAUCUUAGGAUAGAACUUAGUACCAGUUCUUAGAGACUUAACACGGUGAAAAGAAUAGCAAUGGCUUGCUAUAGGCAAAGCAUAACCAGAAACAAGCAGAGGUCAGUGAUCAGGUGUAACACAAAAACAAUAAACAAGUAAAUGGUCAAGGAUUACAGACAUCAAGGAAAAAGAGAGCAAGCCUGUUUAAAAUGUCAAUAAUCAAACAAUAAAGACGCGCUCUUGGAUAACACAUGGGAAUCCAUGAAAAGGCUGUAAUGAAACAGAGGAGCAGGCGUAUAAAGGCAAAGCCACCUAUGACUGGUCCGCAUCAUACCUGUAACUAUAGUACAAGUGAGUACAGAGUCACAGGAAUUAUGAAAUUCGUCCCUGCACAUGUAUAGUAAAUAGUAAAUUGUACAGGGAUGCUGCAGAGGAGACAAACAUAGUGAUAUUUAUGUAUUUGACUUUGUGUCCUCCUCUUUUGUUGGCAGCUAGUCUCCCUGCAGCUCAGUUCAGUGCCCAAUGCUGUCUGUUGUUGAGCUGUGCUUGUAUGGGACUAAUAAAGAGAGUAUACUAGAACCGGAGAGAGUUCUAAAAAGGGACACGCUUUUAGUGCACAAAGCUGCAUUUUGCAAAAAUUAAAAACAUUUGCAAAAAGUACAGCAUAUUACGGUGGCCAAAAGCAUAAACAGUGUAUUGGUGAUCUUAGUGUCCCUUCAAUGUUUCACUAUGUUUGUAUGUAAGAUUUGAAAAAGGCUUGUUUGUAAGCCGAAACGAAAUAGCUUUUUUUUAUCACUACUUUCGUGUCUUGUCUUCACUGCUCCAGGUUUGAUGUGUACUCUUUCUCUAUGCUUGCAGUCAUGGAAAAGCAAACAAACAAAUAUUUAUGCACCAUGAAAUUUGUUCAGAAUUAGAUCUACUGCUUGCACAGAUGCUCAGUGCCUGUAAAAUAUUAAUUGACCAAUACAUUUUAAAAAAAACAGAAUUAGCAAAAUACAAAUUUGUGUGGGUACGCACUGUGGAUAUAAAAUAUUUAUAUAUUCACUAGCUAUUUGACUAGAAAUGUUCAAAUAAUAUAUAUUAUCAUCUGUACAUGAUUUUUAAAUGAGAGGUGCACUGAAGUGCAAAAACAUAACCAAAAAACAAGUUUACUGUUCUGAUCACCGGUCACAUGUGCAAUAUUUUAUCAUAUAGAUAUACAGCCUCCAGUAAAAUGUCUAAGGACGACGACGAUGAGGAGGAAUUUGAAAUCGCUAGCACACAAUGGAGAAGUGGCAGCACCAAGCAAUGGACUUCAAGCCCAAACAAGGCACAAGAAUCCAUUACUAGGGCAAUUUCAAGUGAUUUUCAGGUAAAACCAAAUUCCAACAUUAUGAGAAACCAAAAAAAUAUAUACAACAGCCACUGGAUGUCAUUGUAUGAAAUGUUCUUUUUUUAUUUAUUUUUUUAUUUAUUUUUUUAUAUAUAUUUUUUGUGCAUGCUAGGUGUAACAUACAGGCUCGUGGUGCCCCAACGGGAGUCCUUGAGCUCAUUUUCAUAGGUAACAGUAGGAGCAUUUGUUAUACAGGCACAUCUUUUAGAUAUAUGUGAGUUAAUUGCGCAAACUUUAUAAUAUAGGAUAAACAAGAUAAACAUCCGGCUCAUGUCAGGAAGUAGAACGUUAGACUAGUUUGUCACAUCUGUCUCGUUAGGGCUAAAACCGUAAUUACUUUGCGUGAUAGGUGUGUUGCGUAGCUGCGCUUCGUAUAUAUAUCUACAAUUCGAGCAGGCAAAAUAGUUGCGUCUAGGCACAGGCUUAGGCAGGUUAAUUAGUGGUUUGCCCCAAACAUUACAGAAGCUGUCUAAUACCUGUUGGGAGAACUUGCCUAUAUUAAGAUACAUAUCACAUAAUAAACAAAAUAAGUGCAAAUGAUAAAACAAUAGAUAGAAAAGAUUAUCCACUGGGCCAUGAUAUUGUAACAGUGCACUGCACAACUAAAUCUAGUCUGAUGAGGACUUGUAGCUAACAUAGCAGGUCAUGGUCUUAUUGGAAAAGUAAAAAGAAGGACCAUAAGGGUACGGCAUAGUAUGCAUGUACUGUACUGUCCAGAUUAUUACUAAACAUCUUGCGGGUGUGUUGUUUUUGGGUCAUCUGCUGAGGUGUCUGGUGUUCAUCAUCUGGGGGGUAGAGUGACCACUGCAUGAUGUUUUCACCCGAUCCCCUGGUUGGGCUUUGCUCUGCAGGUAUGAGCAAGUCCCUUGGGUAUUGCCCAGUUGCAGGUUAUUAGUGCGGCGUUCCUCUACUCGCUGUCGGUGUCGCAUGGAGCUGGGCUGAGAUCAGAGUUGGCGGGUGGGAGCAAGGCAAGUCCAUUCUCCAGCCCCAAGCCGGUAAAAAGGCCAACAUCUUGAAUCCACGGACCCGGUGUUCUCGAGGGGCCGGAUCCCUCUCCCUUCGGGAGUGGCGGGGGGUCCAGGUGGUCAGCCGCUGGGUGCAACGGCAGGCCCUCCGCCUGUGUGGGCGAUGUCUUAGGGUCGCGCCCAAAGUGGCCCUCGCCCAGGUAUGCCAGUAGUAGGAGACAUGGGCUUUUGUGAUACAGCUUGGCCUGAGGGGGUCUCCCGCGCCUUCCGGCUCUCGCCUUUCCGGUCUUCCACCCGUAGUUUUAACGGUUUGAUUGUGCGGCAAUACAUCAGAGCUUCCCAAAAUCGCUGGAAGUGCCUGUCAAUCUGCUGCAUGAGGUGCUCUACAGAGUCAAGGACCAUUGCAUACUGCUCGUUUGCGUUAUAUUUAGGCUAGGGCGCCAUUACCAUUUUGUUAGGGGCAGCUAGGCCCCGGCUCCGUCUAGUAGUUGUGUGCCGUGGCGUUCGAUUGAAAUAUCCCCUGCCGGUCCAAGGAGGUGAGGGGGAAUGAAUUGUAUGGGUCUCAGCUUCAGCUUAUGUGCCCGGGGAUCGGCCGCUUCCCCGUGGCUCAGCCGCAUGUAGGACGCAAGCCUCAAGCGGAGCAAUCCUGCGUCAUGGACCCUCAAGAAAGGUACCAUCUGGUGUAGCUUACCCUCCUGUUUUUUUGCUGUGGGAACAGCAGUCCGUAUGUGUGGAUUGACCAGUAAGGCACCCCGAUUUUAGACUCCAAACGUGGGAGCUUGUGCUUCUUCUGGCUUCUAAGCUCUGCCCCUUAAAUGUUCUUUUUCCUCCAACCUCCAUGUCCUAUUUUGCUUUUAGAAGUGGUCAUGUAGUAAGCAGUCUGUAUGUGCAGUAUUUCUCCUUGAAACGCUGCACACGAGGGGAUAUCUUCACUUUUGUGCUGGGGGAUAUUUGCACCUCCAGAACAUGUGACAUGUCUGGAUCUCUGUUUUGGGCUGCUUAGUGUUAAUUCUGUGCAACUAUUAUGUCUGUCGUCAGCACACACUGCACACCGGUGACAGACGUAAUAAACUUCUACUCUUUUGAAAGUCCACCCCACACUCCCUCUUCUCGCCUCUUCUUCUCGGCUCAGGACUCUGUGCCUGGAGAUCGAUCCAAUCAAAUGCUUCUCUAUGAGGGCAUUAUAAAUUCAAUAAAAUAAUCUUCAAAAAAGGAUUAGAGUAUCCCUUUACAAGCAAUGUGUUAUUAAAGCCACGUAAUUCUCAAGUGAUAAUAAAAAUACUGUUAAGUGUAAUCCACCCACUUUCAGCUGGACGUAUGAAUAGUUCUCAGAAUGAAAAUUCUCCCUACAAAUAUUAAGGGUACCCAAAAUAUCCAGAUUCAUUUUCAGUUAUUUUAUACACAUUAGAAUGCAUUAUUCUAUUGAUUAAAAAAAUAGAAACAGUUCUAUAUGUUAUUGUAACAAUUUGUUAAUUAUUUUAUGCUUUAAAUAUACAAUGACUAGGUUGUACAUAGGAAGCUCCUACCACUUACUGUUGAUUGGUUAACUACAUGGUGUGUGGCAGGUGGUUGGCCUAACUUGAAACUUCUAUUCAGCCAACUUGUGAUCAGAUGCUUGACAUUGGUGAAGAUACUAUAUUGGUUACUUCUACAAUUUGAUCCUUUUACAACCAACUAUUGAUAACUCGUAAUUAAAAAAAAAAUGUUUUGUAGCUUUAAAUAUAUAAUCUCUGUAUUUUUGACUGCACCUUCUAUUUUUGCCUCAGGAUUCACCUGACCAAGCACAGUACAGGAGAGCCAUUGAAGACCUUGCUACAGAACAAGUCCUUCUGGAAGAAUCAGCGGCCAAGCUUCGCAGAGUAAGUGCAUUUUGUGGUAAUACACAUAUCUCAUAAUUCAUAUUCUAAGUUAUGACAAUUACUACACACAGCUUCAGUAACUAUAAAACAAUGAUAUUCCAUGUGCUCAAUGUGGCGGAACCAGCCUCGCCACUGGGCAUUGGAGAAGAUUGAUUGCCAGCCUCCUGCCCUGUGAAUAUGGCCCCAUGUUGAAAUGCUUGAUUUUCCCCUGCAAAGACCCGAAAGCUGGAUCAUUCGGUACUUUCCCUAUUUGAACAGUGAUACCCCAGAUAGCUAUGCCAUGGAGCCCAUUCGUAUAACGAGAGACUAUGUGAAAGACUUUGGCUCCAUGGCAAUUGAACUGUAUGUAUGUGAUCUGAGCGCCAUUCAGUAAUAAUGUGCACUGAGAUCUAAGCUAUCUGGGGAAUGAAUGUACCUGUUUAAUGCAAUAGCUGCACAGUUAUAUAUUUUUAUGUUUUUUAUUGUCUUUUGCUACCAUGUGUUCAAUGGAGUUUUGCCUCUGUCCUUGGAGAUAAUUGGAUUACUUCCCAAUUAUCUCCAGGAUAGAAGACUCGGUGGACCCGUUUUUUUGCAGAAAAGCCAUGCUUCAUUUGGUCACAAAGGACGUCGAUCUAACAUUUGACCCACUGGACCAAUUUGUAUGAAGUUUUGACGUUGGUAUUUGGAGUAUGCUGAUUCUGAAAAUGUAAAUUUUAUGUGAAUGUGAUGCAUACUUUUAAAGUUAUGAAUAUUGUGUAAAACUGUGUAUUUUCCUGCCUGUGAUAAUUAUAUUAACCCAUUGUGUAAGGUAAUUGUAUCACAGGCAGAGGGGAGGAUUUUGUGUGGGAGUGUCUGUGUGUAUUGUACGUAUUGAUUGGUUGUUCUGCAAAACCCUGUGGGCGGUACUAUGUUUGUAAAAUGGGCAUAAAAGCAGAGUGUUGGAUUAAAAGUUUCAGUUCUAUUUCACCCUCAAUUUGGAGUGCCGUCUCUUAUUGGGGGAAUCUGCUACAAGGGAUUGCUAUGCUUGUCAUACUCCAUUGCUAUAUCACUACUAAGCUCUUGUAAGAGCUUGUUCCUGCCUUGCUCUCUGGAGUAGUCUACGGUGGUUAUGGUGUCUGCUGCAGUGCUUGGAGUCCUCAGGAAGCGCUAGGAGCAUCCUUCAACAGAGGUACUCAGUCGGGGUGCCAGGUGAUCCGUUACACUCAAAUAUUUUCUCUCUCUCUCUCUUUUUUUUUUAUUAUUUUUUAUUUUUUUAUUAGAUGUGUUCAUUUGUUGUUUAGAAUACUCAGCCCCACUCUCCUUGAAAAGGGGGGGGGGAGUACAAUAUUAAAUUUACCUUUAUUGCAGUGCCAAGGGAGACUCUUCACUGCAGCCCAGUUCUUCUACUCUGUGUAGUCAUCAAUACAGUCACAUUUUUCUUAGAAAAAGCAUUGGACACACAUAAUGUCCAGCAUCAACAUGCUUACUCCGGUUGUCAAAUAGGUUAAAUAAUUAAGGCUGUUUGUAUGUACACCCCUGGUGGCUGCAGAGAGCUUAACUUAGCGUCACUGAGCUAAGUCCUGCAACCCUGCCAAUUUAUUGGCUGAGAAUGUCAGCUGAGUGCUCUCAUCCAAUGAGCUAAGCCCUGCACUCUCAGCCAAUGAGCUAAGCCCUGCACUCCAAGUUUGCUCACUGCAGGGCGUUUCCAGUAACAAUGAAAGAGGUGACCUGCGCCCGGCUGACCCUAGGUAAAUUGUCAAACCGUUCACAAAUGGUAUAAAAUGUUGUCUCAUCUUUUGUACAACCAUGGAUCAGUUUUAAUAAGAACACCACCCAUGGAUUUACUCUAUGAUUUGGGACAGUGUGAGAGACAAGAUCACGGUUUGCUUUUUAUGUUUGCUGCCUUUAAUGUCAUUCACAGGAUGCAAUUGUGGAAGAAGAGAGAUUAACAAAGAAGAAAGCUCAAUGCAGGGAAGCUGAUCUGUCAUUAAAUGACAUCCUACUCCAGAAAAAGGUUUAGAUCUGCUUUUCUAUUAAUGUCGCUGUGAAUAAAAUCUGGAUUUUCUCUAGCUGUAAUUGAUACUGUAUGCAAAAAGGCUCUGUCCAAAUUGUAUCUAAUGGAAAUAAAUGGAGUCAGUCACAUACUUACCCAGAUUAAAUAGAACGUUCUAUCCUACUUCUAGAUUAGGCAUUUAGAAAUAACGGAGCAUGCUAGAUAUGGUAACAGAUUUGAAUAAUUCAAGAGACAGUGCAUGUAAAAGGUAUUCAACCAUAGAAAGUACAUUUGAGAAAAAUGGGAAAAAUAAGGAAAUAAAACUGUAUAUAUAUUUAUAUGAAGAUUUAUAGGUUCUUAUACCUUGGUUGAAGGUUGCCAGUAAGUGGAAGUAGCUAAUCUGCUUUAUGUCAUAUUACAGCUGCUUAGAGUUGGGUUCUUAGCACCUGCCUGCAACAUGACUUAAAAUGAAAUGAUCACAGAUAAAUAGCUUUUGAUAUGUUGUAUUGUAUGUUAAGAAGUUUAAUACUAUAGGCAUUUAUUAAAUAUUGGAAUUUUUGUUCACUCCUACAUCCUCUGUUUAUGAUCUUAUUGUAAAAAACAAUAACUAUGUAAGAAAUCUGUGAUGACCCUCAUUUAACCUCUUCAUGACUUGGUGUCCUGAGGUUCUGUGCCUUAUUGAAUAAAUCACUGUUGGCAUUCAUUCCUAACCCUAAUUCUAACCCCAAACCUAAUAUUAAUCCUAAUUCUAACCCUACUUUGAACUCAUACAAUACACGUGAGACUUCAAGGCUGAGUGAUAGCUGUGAGGGGCAGUUACAGUAUUUAAACUCUCUAGGUGUCAGUUAAGGCAUGCAGUUUCUGUGAUUCAAUCCCAGAGCGAUCACAGCGCCGGGGAGGAGAUUGCGGUGUAUUGCUGGGUAGUUGCUGACCUUGAUUUACAGGUUAUAGAUGAUGUUCCCAGCUCUACUACAUGGUUUGUGGAAUCCAAUCACUGUAGCAGACUGUCACAGAAAUUGGAUGUUGGGGAAGACCUAAGAUGAGAUAUUGCUAGAUUGUCUCAUACCUAAGGCAUCUAUAAAAAGCCAGGAACAUAUGGGCCCCAGUUUUGCCUCAUAUCAACGGGCUUCUGGUGGCUGUGGCUUGGUGAUGUUUAAUGUACUAAGUGUUGUAAAUACUCUGUACCCUGACUAUCAUUAAGUGACUGCUACCAGUGUUCCAAAAAGAUGCAAUACUGUAUACAGGAUAAUCUGGAAACACAGCAUCUUAGAAAGGAGGGUAGAGUCUUAUCCAGUACAAAAAAUAAAUAUAUUUUGAAUGAAUGACUUUGACCAUCAUGUCUUUGCAAAUUAGCAUGUGUUAAUAUAUACUAAAUAAUAAUAUGAAAUGAAAAUUUCUCCUUUAGGCAUGUCUUAAAUAAUACAUUAAGCAGAAACAGAAGCAUAGUCUUACUUACUAUACUGUAUUACCUACUAUAAGACAACUCGGUUUUAUUAUUAGUAAGUCAAGAGGAAAAAACUCACAGGCACUCCAACUUCAAGCCGCAGGCAGAUUUAUUAUGACAGAAUGCAACGCAACGUUUCGACCGGAAAGGUCUUUUUCAAGCUUGAAAAAGACCUUUCCGGUCAAAACGUUGCGUUGCAUUCUGUCAUAAUAAAUCUGCCUGCGGCUUGAAGUUGGAGUGCCUGUGAGUUUUUUCCUCUUGGAUUAUUGUACUGGGAUUGCUGGUCCUGCUCUGGAGCACCCUUGGCCAUUGGGAUUGGGUGCGGUUCUCAUCACUUACUCUGCUUAUUAUUAGUAAGUGUCCAAAUACUUUUUUUGUUAUGCUGCUGUUAGGAAGCAUACCUGGAGUUGGAGUCACUCAGAGACUUACUGGAGAGAACUCGGAAUGAAGCUGUGAGAAUGGAGACACAUGUAAGGGAGACGCAGAUGGCAGAGGAGUCUUUAAGGUAAGGAUCUGGUCCCUACAUUGGAAUAUCAAAGUCAGGCAAUGGCCAUGUUUAACCUUUCACGCAUCAUUGUUGCCGCUACAAAGGGGGAAACCUCAACUUUUUCGAUAGUUCUCUAAAAAAGGAAAUUCAUUGACUCCAGAGUGACAAUCAGAUCUCCUCUUUGUUCUACAAGCUGUUAAUAAUGUCCUCAUACCUUUUAUAGCUCUACAUGUUGUGCUUUGACCAAAAAAGCAUGCAGAACAUCUAUUGAAUAAAAUAAAUCUACCUUCAUAUACAGAGCUUGUUUUGUCUUUUGUUUACAUACAUACAUACAUACAUACAUACUCACUGCUGCUUAAAUCACAUUUUGAGUAACAAAACUAUAUGGUAUUUUUCGUAAUCCACCUUUAACAAUUACCCUACAUCAUAUUAAUGUUCAGCUAGUGGCUGUGAAUGUACAGUUAUUCCAGGAUAUUAAUUUGGGUGAAGAUCUUUAAUCACUGAUGUCUGACAGGAGUGAACUGGUGUUGUUGGAAUACAAGCAUAGCGAUUACCUGAAGGAGCUGAAAGAACUAGAGAUGGAACUGGACUCUAUAAAGCAGCAAUGCUCCAGUGCACAUAGCAGCCAGAUAUCCAAUUUAAAGUACGAGGUGAGAGAAUUUGCUGUGAAGCAGUGUAUAGCAUCCCUGACAGAUAGCUCAGCAUCUGUCUUCUCUUCUGGCUAUUUUAAACAAUUCGGUCAUGUUUGAUCUGUUUGAACUUUUUCCAUAUGUUCUGUGUUACACACGGCGGCCCACUCCAUGAGAAACUCCACGUUAUCCUUCUCGAUGGAGAUCUUAUCCACGUAACUUAAUGAAUUCUUGUUGCAGUUGCAUUAAAAAAUUUUCCUUGUGCUGGAGGGAGAUGUAUGUGAUUGUUACAAAUCAAAUUUCUCUAUCAGAUCUCAUCACUUACAAACGAGCGAGAUGAGCUUAAAGCCCGUUUACGCCACACGGAGGGAAGCCUUACAUUCAUGGAGCGCCAGGAGCUGGAACGACAACUCAGUAAUGCAAAAUCCGAGCUGUUCUCUGAGCAACGAACAACCAGAGCCAAGAUUGUGAAGCUGGAAGAGGUGGGCUCAUGGGUUUUGCUAGUAGUCCUGGAUUGUCUUUAUUAUAAACGUUUUAGUGUGAAUAUCUUGAUAUUAUCUGUUCAUAUAAUAUAAUCUUCCACUCCACAAUAUUUAUCUGGUAUGCACCACCACUUGAACAUGCGGUUCUGAACGUACCAGGGCAGAGUAGAACAUGGAGGAGCUUGAGCUGUGAUGAUCAUACCUUAGAUAUUGGCACUUAAUGUUGCUAGCACAGACUUCUCCCUUUAUUUACCCAUAUGAAUAAUAUACAGCCAAUAUGUUACCAGUAACUGUCUUGGGUUUGUAUUUGUAUUGGAUUUGUAUUGCAAGUCUGCUAUAUUGCAUAGCCAAUGGGUUUCAUUGAGACUGUUACUUCAGUGUUUUCACUUUGUGAAUACAGACACAGUGUAUAUUUCUUUGCUGCAAAAUAUGUCUCCUGUGCCUUGUAUUGAACUACAUUCAUCAUAAUAGGAUGCCCUGAAGGAUCAUUUUUGAGUACCUUGAGUUGUCAACCUUUGGAGGUGUUAUAUGAGAAAUAGUGAUGUACGUUGAAAGUAUAAUCUGUACAUUUGUUUCAAUGUGAAAUUGCAUUUUAUCUACAGAAUUUGGAAGAAUCUCAGUGCAAACUGGAAGAAAAAAUAACAGAAUGUGCAGAGAAGCAAGAGAAGAAUAAACAGCUUAAAUCCCAGCUACGUGAGCUGGAAAAGAAGUACGAAAGCCAAAUUCAGGUAUUUUCUAUGCCCGGUUACUGGUUACUUUUUGAGAAUAGUCUUCCUGUUGUAACUGGAUUGAAGGUGCUGCUUUAAGGCUUUUUCUGAGCCACAGUCACUGACAUGAACAAUCAGUGUUCCCGGCUGUUAGUCCAUAUUGUAAUUAAGUGAAAUAUAUUUUGGGGUAAUAAUUUGCACUUUUGUAUCGAUUUCUAUCUUUUACCUGAAAGAUUGAGUGGAAGCCCGCAGCUCUCUCAGCUGUUGAUAAACAGCAACUUUAUUUAUACAAUCACCAGCUGUAGAUCUGCGCAUCACCUACUCCUAAAAAAGAGCAAUGUCGCAUAUGUUUGUGGUCGGUGAACUUACUGUGAAGCUGAAAUUGUCCUUCCUUCAGUUAAAGUGGUCUGGGUGCUAGGUCCCUCAGGUUUUAACCCUUCACAUGUAAACAUAGCAGUUUCAGGGAAACUGCUAUGUUUACAUAGCAGGGUUAAUUCAACCUCUAGUGGCUGACAGCUGCUAGAGGCGCUUCUGCGACGCUGGAUGCGAAAUUCGCAUCCAGCAUGCAGAACUUCCAUAGGAAAGCAUUGAAAAAUGCUUUCCUAUGGAAUGUUAGAAUGCGCGUGGCUCUUGCCUGCUCCACUUGGGAGCUGACGUUGGCGGGGGAGGAGAGGUCACCAGCACUGAGGGAGCCCAGCGCUGGAUUAAGGUAAACUGCUGAAGGGAUUAAACCCCUUCAUCGCCAUGGGAGGGGGGCCGUGAGGGUCCCCCAAGGAUGACAUAGUGUCAGGAAAACGGGUUUGUUUUCCUGACACUAUAGUGAUCUUUUAACUAAAGAGGUUGAGAAAUUGCCACUGUGAAGGUGAUGCUGAGCUGCAGAUUAGGUCCUUUUAUUAAUUAUUGUUAUGGUUCAGAGCAAUAUGGUAUUAUUUGCCUAAUUAUAUAGUGUGAGUGUAUAUAUUUUACAUACUGUCACAAACAUAAUUCAGUGACAUUUCACUGUUACAGAAGCAGGAAGAAGAGGCCAGUGAACAAAACGAAGAUUUUAACCAGCAAGUCACAGAGUUAAGUUCCCAAGUGAGGGAGCAGAACACUAGAAUUGCAUCGCUGGAGAAGAUCCUAUCUGAGAAGGAGCUGGAUCUGCUCAGACUUAGAGAUGUGAUUUCUUCCCUCAAGGCUGAAAAGGAAGCCCAGGUUUUUGCAGCAGAGGCCCUGAAAGAAGAACAAAACAAACGAGUACUUGAUCUACAGCAACUGCAUCAGCAGGACAAGGUAAAUAAAAUACUGUAUCAAUCCCCACUGCCACAAGCCCCCAGGUGUAGAUAUUUCAGAAUAUUACCCUGCAUUUCAAUCAGUUGCAAUCUGUGGAGAGUUUUUUAAUUUGAUUCGUAAUAAUUUUAGUGAUGUCUUUUCUUACUUAAAAGAAAAAAAAUCACACACGUUCUCCUUUUGGGGAUUAAGUAUAGUUCUCAAAAAGACCAGAAAAUGUUAUUGUUCCUUCUUGAAGGAGGUGAGUUUAGAAUGUCAGACAUUUGUAUUAAAGGACCACUAUAGUGCCAGGAAAACAUACUCGUUUUCCUGGCACUAUAGUUCCCUGAGGAUGCCCCCACCUGUGGCGCUGAAGGGGAAGGAAGGGGUUAAUCCCUUACCCUUUUUCCACCGCUGGGACUCUCCUCCCUCUUUUUCCGUCAUCGGCUGAAUGCACAUGCGUGCAUUCAGCCAGUCUCAUAGGAAAGCUUUCUCAAUGCUUUCCUAUGGACACUGGCGUCUUCUCACUGUGAAAAUCACAGUGAGAAGCGCGGAAGUGCCUCUAGCAGCUGUCAAUGAGACAGCCACUAGAGGCUGGAUUAACCCAUAGGUGAACAAAACAGUUUCUCUGAAACUGCUAUGUUUAUAGAAAAACCUAGCUGGACCUGGCACCCAGACCACUUCAUUAAGCUGAAGUGGUCUGGGUGCCUAUAGUGGUCCUUUAAGUCAUGUGUAUAGAAGCAGGAUUAGAAACCGCAGUUCUGUGAAUUCUCUCAGUAGCUAUCACCCGAUCUCCUGUAUUUAUGGUUUGCACUGGAUAUAAUUUGCUCUCUCCUCAGAUUAUGACAGUAACUUCGACAACUAUUUCAUAUUACAAGAUUACUGUGUAUUGUACAAGAUAAUUGGUACGUAAUAGUACACAUUUUGUUUAAUCAGGACAGGCAGCUGGCUGAACUGAAAGAACAGAUGCACUGCCAGAAACAAAUGGAAAUCCAACAGGUGAGCUUGGCUAACUUGGACACAUCAACUGAACUUCUACUUCACUGGGCCUCAUGGCAUAUAAUUAUGGGUUAUUAUGAAGAUUACAUAAUGUCAUUUUUUUCAGUUGUCUUUUUUUAUGAGUUCAGUUUGCAGAAAAUAUGGAGCAAGUAAAAAUAAAAGCACUGCAGGACCAAGCGGAAUCUCUACGAAAAGAAACAGACAAAGCCUUAAAGACUCUUGAGGUAAGACUCCGGUAUCCUCUUUGGUGAAAUAUGGCUUCUGAUAAGACAUUGGCUGUUGUCUUGAAUUCCGGUGGGAUUUACUUGUCUUUGGGUGGUCCUUUGUUUAUAGUUACAGACAUGACCUGAUCAGACGCAGUCAUGUUCACGUGACUGUGAUGAGCUUUAAAUAGGUUAGUUUAUUCAGUAAUAAUAACUUGGCAUCUUACUUGUAUUAUAUUUAAAUGCAGGGUUAUUACUGUGAUUAUUAAUUAUUAUGUAGUUACACAAAAGAACCAGUGUAGAAAGAGCAAUUCUGUAGCAACAAAUCUAAAUGUGAACCAAUCACCUUGCAAAACAGAGUGGAAUUUUUCCUGACUGUUCCACAAAUUAUUUCCAGAGGACACCUGGGACACACCAUCACUGCACGUAUAUAUAUUCUCUAAAAUAAUACUUCCUGGAGCACUAAAGGGAAAUGAACCAUAGCACCGAUAUCUCACAUAUUCAUUCCUGUGCUGUUGUAUAUCCACUACUCAUGGUUAUUGUGUUCUAGGGGAAGGAUAAAGAAAUUGCAAAGCUGAAAGAGACUCUCAAAUCCCAGAAGGAAUCAAUGAAGAAGCUAGCUGCAGAACUGAAGCAGGAAGCAAGAGAGAUGGUAAUACAGAAGACAUCUUACCUCUUCUAACUUCAUGCAGAGUUCCUCUGUGAUGUUACUCUGUAGAACAGUGUAUAUUAGUUCCGUUUCAAUUUUGCUAUCUGUUGAAUCUUGAAUUUCAUUUUGGUAUGCUUAAAGAUUUGACAAGCUGUUAUUGUUUUUUUUUUUUAUAAGAUUUAUUUGUUUUGUAUUAAUCUUCAUAAACUGCACGGACAUCUUCACCUGAACUGGAGUCAAACUGUUGUCUGACUUCCAGGUACAUAACACACUGCUCCGUGAGCAGAAGAAAUGGGAGGGUGAGAAGAAGGAUGCAUUACAAAUACAGAGACAUACCCUAGAGGAGCAGAAACUUCAAGACAUGGCUGAUCUGCGUGAAGCACUGGAAAAUGAGCACAGAAUGGUGAUGACAUUGGAGAGGAAAUUGGCAGACCUUCAAAAUGUAAGGGGAUAGAUACAUUUCUCCUUUCUGGAGACAAUAAUGAACAAUACGACCUUCACCAUUAUGCAUUUUCUAUCUCUCUUUCUCGCUCUCUCUCUCUAUCUCCUUUGUGUAUCACUAGUAACACAUUUUAGCACCAAGUACCCCAAUCUCCUUUCAUGUAUAGCACUUAUAACAUUUUUUUUUAGAAAAUAUCUGAAAUGACAAUGUUUCUUGGCUUCUACAUUGCCUCAUCGUGUCUUUUAUGGACGUUACCGGUUGAGAAACUAUGCACUGGAAUAUAUAGCCAAUGAAAAGAAUAUAUAUUGAGUCUUACUUCCUUGAUGGUGCUUUGCAGGAAAUUCAGGAGCAUGAGAUUCACAAGCGUUCACUGCUUCGAGAAAACCAAGAAGCUCUGGAUGAGCUGCGUGCUGUCCUCAAGGAAGAGAAGCAGCAAGAGUUAAUGAAACUACAACAAGAACUAUCACAGGUAUGGUCGAGAUUAAAUAUAUGUUUUUUCUAUGAAUACCUUCAAUCAGAAAUCAGCAGGAAAAUGAGUAAUGCACGAUAACUCUUACGUGGUUUAUGUUUUGUUUUUUCUUGUCUCUGUCCCUCUUGUACUGUGAAAGUCACUGUGUCAAAAUAAAGUCAAAAUAGUUUUUUGUAGUGGGAGAAUAAAGUGCAGACUGUUACUUUAAAUCUAUUCACAUUUAUGAACCAUGUAGGAACAGCUUUUCUUGUACACAGUCUUUGAUUUCAGUGUAUAUCAUAUAUGGUAGGCAAUCAUAACUGACAACUCUGCAACAUGAUACAGAAAUUCUGGAACCACAACCCACUAUAUUCAGCAGUAAAAAAAUAAAUUAAAAUAAAGGUCUGGGAUGCCUACUUAUUAUCUCUAUUUAUUUUGGCUUCCACAAAAUAAAGAACAUUAUGGACACAAGGCAUUUGUGACAUUAUUUCACAUCAAUUACAUAAACACAAUAUAAAGUUUAAUAAUCAGAUGAUUGAUAGAAAGAGGUGGGUUCGUGUCAUGCAUUCAUAGUGUCAUGUAACUGAAAGUGAUCAUUUUAUUAUAUUGUUAUCCAAUAAAACAACGUAAUAUGUAUAGUACAUUAACAAUCCGAAUCCUUUUCUUAUUGGAUCCUUAUCUUAAUGUAUAUGUCCCAAGCCAGGACUGGCAUAGAGUUUUAUCUAGCUACCAAAGAAAGUAUAUAGACUUUGUACAGUAUUAGGAAAAAGUUAUUUGUAGUAUGUAAAGAAAAGUGUUAAUGUUACAUUACUUCAUAUUUUUCACCACCAGAGGAGCCACAUGUAGACAGUCUGCUUCUGAUGGAAAAAGUAUGUGUGUAUGUAUGUAUGUAUCUAUCUAUAUAUAUAUAUAUAUGUGUGUGUGUGUGUGUGUGUGUCAGGGAAACUGUAACACUCUCUACUUUACAUCCUGUAUAUAUAUAUUUUUAUAAGUAUGCAUUAGAUUGCCUGAAAAAGUGUAAGUAGAUAUGUCCUCAAGUAUGAGCUGUGCAGUGUAAUACUGAGUUACAUUGUGACUGAUUGUGUAGGACAGAGAUCGAGAUUUGGAGCGGCUAAAGAUCAGGCUCCAGCAGAUGGAGGAAGAACAGCAUGUUCUGCGGGCUGAGAAGAACGAGGCGGUCUUCAGAGAGAGAGAGGCUCUGGCCCAUACUGAGCGAGCUGAGAGAGCACUGGCCAGGGAGAUUACAGCAGAAUGCGAGCAUAUCAUGAAUACUCCAGGGAGACCCAGAACCCAAAGCCCUUCACGUAGCAGGUAUGGGUAACUCACUUCAGCUCUAUUACGAUGUCUUACAAUUGUCAUUUAAGAUAGCAGUAGUCAUUACACUUCAUAAUCGUAUGAUAAUAGCUAGAAAGACAUUAAAAGUAAAUGACUAAGCACUUGGGCAGACAUAUUAUGAUACUGUUACUGUACACUCUAACCCUCAUUUUCAGAAGCCAGUCUUGCCUCUCUACCAACCAAGCAUUACAAAUGCUGCAUGGAGUGAAUGAGGAGAACAACCAGUUCAUUCAUGAACUGCAACAGGAAGUAGAGGCUCAAAAACGGACAGUCAUUCAUGUGCAGAGAGAGAAGGUGAGAUGAGAAAAUUUGCAUUAAGACCCAUGUUUACUGGGAGAAAAGAAUGGUGCAACAGGUCAGGGGAAUAUAGUCAUUAUGAACACUUUAAAUAUACUGUGUAUGUCUGGAUUAAUAAAUGCUUAAUGAUUUUCUAUCUCUUGCUCAGGAACGAGAGUUGCAGCAGCUGAAAGAACAGUUGCAGAUGGACAAGGAAAAAGCUCUGAGUUUGUUAAAAGAGAGGCUCAUACAGGUAAUCCUUGUGCAGCUGCUAUUUUAUGUUUCCUUAUAUUAUUGGUCCCAGUAACAAGUGAUUGUAGGAUGACUUGAUAAAAUCCUUUGGUACUCAUAGCUUUAAAGAUAUAUGUACAUUGGUACUUUUGUGCAAAAACAUCAACAUUCUUGUCAGAUUUUGCAUAAUUAUUUCCCUUCUGUUUUAUGACAGGAACAUAUUGAGGAAAUCACAAACAUGCAGAGGGACCAACUGAGGGGAAGCAAUGGACCUGAUGGUCAAUCUUUGCGUCAGCAGCUUCGAGAGAAAGAUAAUGAACUACGAGCCAUCCAGAGGAACAUGGCCAAAUGGAAAGAAGAGACCGCUACAAAACUGGCUCAGAAAUUUGAAGAGGAGCUGAAUGUAGAACUGGAAAAGUGAGUAAAUAUAUCAUUGUUCAUUGCUUAGCAUUUAAAUUAUUUUCAAAGUGUGUAAAUGUAUUAAACAACUAUAAAAAAUGUCCAGCUAGAGUUACAAACUAAUAGCACUUUCAUUCCUUUGUGGCCCAUAAAGUGGGAUUGUAUGUCACCAAAUUGUUUAGGUUUUUUCCCCCACUUAAAUCCAUCUUGCUCUUAUUACUCAUUGUAUUACACACAUAUUUUCCUACUGUCUUUUUCCUUAGAAAAGUGGAAUAAAACUAUUGUUUAUAUUGGCAAAGGGAAACUUGAAUAGCCCUGGUCUGUAUUCAUCAGCCUCUAAGAAUUCUGUGCAGUGUGAAACAUACCCUUGCAACUGAAUUGUUAUUUAUGAGCAGACUAUACCAGAGCACAUGGAAUUGAAGUUUUUUCUGAAACGUUAAACCUUUUAUUAAAGCUGACUUUCUUAGAUUGUUAUGGAACACAGUGGUUUAUAAACAUCCCCAUAGGCUAGAGUCACUGCUCUAUGCCUCAGGUAGUCUACAUAAGAAUCACAUUUGAGGUGAUUACUAAGUACAUUUAAAAUGGACAGUUUAAUGGUUAUUGUUUAUAUUAGGAUCUUGAUAUUUACCAUUCAGUUGCCUACUUUUUCCUGUUUUUCUUUUUAUCCCCUCCAUCUCUCAAACUGAUGGAGAAGAGGACAAUCAGAAAAUGUGAGAUACAUUGUAACAAUUUACCAAAAGUGCAGAACAUGUGCUUUUGCUAAGGUAUAGCAAUCAACAAAUGCAGUCUACCACAAACAUAUUGACACAAUGGGACUGGAACAUAUUAUAUAUAUAUAUAUAUAUAUAUAUAUAUAUAUAUAUAUAUAUAUAUAUAUAUAUAUAUAUAUAUAUAUAUAUAUAUAUAUAUAUAUAUAUACAUACAUACAUACAUACAAUUUCAGACAGGUGCACUGACUUGGAUUUUCAAAUAGUGUAUUAAAAAGUAUUCAUCAAUCUACAUCAACGUUUCGAUCCUUCAGGGUCUUUAUCAAGAUAAUGGCAGUGCAUAAAAAAAAAUGAUAUAUAUGUGUGUAUAUAUAUAUAUUAUUUAUUUAUUUAUUUUUUAUGCACUGCCAUUAAAUAUCAAACGUACCCCAUCUGUGUGAAGUGAUUCCCAUUACUCAUGAAGUGGAAACCGCCGAAGUGUGUGCGUGGUGACGUGGGCAUAUAUCAUUUUUUUUUUGCAUACCUAGGAGUUAGAUGCCGAUAUAUAUUUAUUUACCUUGAGUCAGUAUUAAUAACUAUUAAAGUGAUCUAUUUGGAUAUGCUUAUUGAGUUAUACAUGUAGGUGAUAGCUGUCAUAUGUGGACUUCCAGGUAAUUGGGGUACCAUGGCAGGUUUAUUUAUUUUUUUAUGGUCUAUAUUGGUCUAUUUGUUUACAUAUAUGCUAGAGGCGCUUGCGUUCUUCUCACUGUGAUUUUCACAGUGAGAGCACGCCAGCGUCCAUAGGAAAGCAUUAUGAAUGCUUUCCUAUGUGACCGGCUGAAUGCGUGCGCAGCUCUUGCCGCGCGUGCGCAUUCAGCCGCAUGGGAGGAGAAGAGGAGGAUCGGAGGAGGAGAGCUCCCCGCCCAGCGCUGGAAAAAGGUAAGUUUUAACCCCUUUCCCCCUUCCAGUGCCACCCUCAGGGCACUAUAGUGCCAGGAAAACAAGUAUGUUUUCCUGGCACUAUAAUGGUCCUUUAAUGGUUCUUUUAUUAAAAUGUCUUAAAUGCAUUACACAAUCUGCCUGUCCUUUUCUCCAAAAAGAAGCACAAUUGCUUAUAUGAUUCAUGACCUUAAUUGCAUCUAUAGGAUCUCUCCAGCAAAGCUAGUUGGGCAGCUACUUGUCUUUAAAGGUAGCAACAAAUUUUUUAGAUUUAAAACAAUGUCCAGCCCUCUGUGCAUUUUAUACACCCACUAUUUCCCAUUACCCAUAACUACCUUAUAAAGCCAAAAACGAGCCAAUACUUUUUAUGCCAUCAAGUUAUGUAUGUUUAUUAUUACUUUGUGCUUCUCUGCCGACUCUCAUUCCAAUACACAUGCAAGUCAGGUCUACUCUACCUGUGUAAGAUUUUCUGUUACUGUAUGUUUGUACUAUCCUUUAAAUACUUUAUAAAUCACUGUAUAAAUGAUUGACCUUCUAUAACUUGAUAGUAUGAUUAUAUAAUAGCAUUAUUUUAUUUAUUACAAUACUGUGCUUUGCUAUUUCAUGUAAACUACAUGCCAGUCCUCAAGCAUAGUAACUUUAUAUCUUAUCCAUGGGAGAUUGUUCAUAUUAAGAAGCGUUUGUCUCUCUACAGAUGCAAAGUGGAGUUUUUAAAAGAAAGGUAACCCCUAAAAUAGUUGAAAUUUGAGUAUCAUCAUCUAGUAUGCAGUUACCUAUUAACUAGUAGUAUCCAUUUUUUCACCUAUUAACAAGUAGCACCAACCAGCAAACAUUCAUCUUACCUGUAACUAAACUAACAAGAGACAGAACGGGCAGACACCAGAAAACAUCAACCUGCCUUAAAUUCAUUGUGUAUCGCAUUGUGGUGAUUGUUUUAUAACCAUUGUGUGUCUGUUUAUAUACAGCUUCUUUGAGUCUAUAUUCUGGAUAAUUGCCUCUUUACAGCGGGAAAUCUCUUAAUGAUUGCAGUAGCAGUGAAUAGAUAAAUGCAGAUCUGUUGUAACUGGUGUGUGUAUUCUGCGCCCAUGUAUGCUGACCCCCUUCAUUUAUAAAUACAAAUUUAUAUUCCACUGUUAACUUAAUUUUCACCAUAAAUGAAACAUUACAUAGAUUUUUUUUUUUAGUAGAUAUACUACCAAAGAAAACACAAGUGUGUUUUCUUCUGCAUGUUUUCUUAGGGUGUAUGUGACAAAACCAGCUUGCAGCAUCUGCAAGCCCUACCUCAUAGAGAAGCCUGUGUGCUGGAGCCAAGCACACAUUCACGCGAAUGUGGGUUUCCUGUUCUACUCAUUAACUGUAAUACAGCUCACUGUAAAACGAGGGGAAGGCAGGCACGCUCUAACUUCGUGUGCCUGUCCUUUCAAUUAGCUCCCCAAUUAUAAAAAUGCAGUUUUCUAUUUAAAUCAGGGCUUUUAUAAACUGUCACAAAUAUGGCCGACUCCAGAUCCAAAAGUGCUUCAUGUGUAUUAUAGCGUUCCUUCAUUCGUUCUAAUUCUGCCUGCUAUUGAAGAGGACCAAGCAUAAAAUUAAAACACUUUUUUAUCAUAUGUGCAUUGCUAUUUUAGUUGUGCCAGUAGGUGUACCAAUGCCUAAAGCUAUUUUAUUCAUAUGUAUUAUUCUGGUUUCUGCAUCUGGAAUAACAUGUCUUGUAUUAUACAAUAUAAGGCAUAUUUUAGCCAAAAGGAGGUCCAGCACUCAGUAAUGUGCCAUUUCAUAUACAGAAUAUUUACAGUCCUGGCUGAAUACUCUGACAUUUGUAUUACUACAAACUCUGCUGCUAAUAUCAGAAUGUGCUUUUAUAAAGCUGUUAUAUUUGCUAUGGAAUCAGGUAGGAGAUUAUGUGAUUAAAAAAAAAAAAUUCUCAUUACUAACCUUGCUUCAUUUCGAUAGAUUUGUUGAAGAGUAUCAGUGUAGUACAUUAAGUGAAAAAGCUUUUUAGCAAAGCAUUCUGGACUUUUUAUUCCAAAUAAUCACCCCUAGAUUGGUGACAGUGAACAUGCUGUGUGAAGAGUUUACUCACUGCUACCCAUAUACACCUUACCACCAGUUAAAACAACCAGCGAACAGUUCUCAAAAAACAUUUUUCAGCAAAACAUUAAUUGCCUUGUCAACAUAUCUGCUGUUGGCAGCGACAGGCAGAGUGUUACUUAGUUCAGCAGUGUAAUUGGUGAUAUAAUGGAAUCACUCAUUGUUCAGUUUGUUCAGAGUGGUGACUGUAUUAUAGGAGGGAAGGUUGAAGCAGUAUGAUAUUGCAAUGUCCUUUACACUUCUGUAUACAUGUAUGCCUACAUGCACUCAUUUCCAUCCACCAGAGUGACAGCAAAAGAGACAUAAUGUCUGUUCACCUACAUUCAGGCUGACAGCGAGUCUACAAAGGAUAAUAAUAUGUUGGAUUUCAUCCACUCGCCCCAGUACAAGCACAUGUGGCAAUGGUUAUGUGUGGACAGCGACCGUGUGUAGAAUAUGGGGGUUUGGAGGGAGGUAGUGUGGGAUUUUGGGUAAUAUGGAUAGGCACUAUGGGGAAUAAGAUUUAAAGAGGGUGGGUUGAGUAAUUUGCAAAUUCUAACCCUGACCUUCAGGAACCACUGACCCCAUAUAGCGAUUAACUCCUUGAUGCUUCUAAAUGUGAAAUACGUCUGAUAUAAAAUGGACCUUUUCCAGUUUGUGUUCUUCUGUAAGUUUACAGCUCAUUCUAAUGUUACACAAACUAAAAAUAUCUUUAUAUUGUUCGACCAAAGUAAAACAAGUAUCUCAAAAGCCAAAAUAGGUUCCAGAUAGAGUGAUGGUAAGAGUCACAUGUCUGUGGUUCUGUCAGUGCUUCAGGUAUGUCUAUCCAGCAACAUGCCAUUCAUCUAGAAGGUAUAUAUUGCUAUGUAAUGCAUUGAUAAUGCAGAGUCCUUACAAUAAUGGCUUUUCAUUGCGAUCUUUAUUGGAAUGGACAUGUCUUGGAAUAUAGUCAUGUUUGGAAUCUUGUACUUCCAAGCUCAUUAUGGCUCAUAAAAUGUUUACUUCAUUCAAGUUGUUGGAGUGUCUUGAGUGACUGUACUGUCUAUUCGAUUUCCACCGAAAAAAUAUUAACAUGAUGUGUUUGUUCUCUGUAGAAGUUUAUCCAGGAGUAAAGCUUCCGAAAGUCACAGAUACACGGAGAGAGUCGGAUCUGGUGUUUGCAGGCUCUCUGGGAUAAAUGUAAAUCAAUUUCUUUUCAAUUACAACCUUGCAUUUAUGAGAGGCAUACCAUUAAUUAACCGAUGUAUAAUUCACCAUAAGCCUAUUAUGUGCGUGUUUUAGUUGCUAGUUUAUUUACAGUGUUCUAUUUUCAUAAGCUGUAUCGUGUGUGUUCUUGUAAUAUUAGCUCUUUGGGGUUUUGGUAAUCAUGCAUACCCUACAAUCUUAUAAUUGUGCACUUGGUGGAGUUAUGAAUUACACAACACUGAUAGUGUCUGCAUAGACAAUAGAAUAUCAGAGAAAUAACUGAUAACAAGAAUAUUAAAACUGGCUGUGUCAUAUGUUAAUAAUUUAAAUUCUUUUACCACUUAUUUAAAAUCUGUUUACCAAUUUGUUAGUCUUUUAAUUUGAAUUCAACAUAUACUUAAUUUAUGUGAGCAUCGUUGGCAUUCCUCGGCAUCAGGCAGUUCAAAUGCUACAUUUCACCUACAUCGCAUUAUGGAAUUCUCUAAAUUAAUCAGCUCAACCAUUGAAAUGACGCUUUUGGUUGUCUGAAUGCUGUCAAUAAUCUUUUAAUAAUUAGUAUUUUAUUUUAUGUAGCAUGUCAUUAAAAAUGUCAAAAUCACUUCUUAUAUCUUUAGGGAGCAAUUAACAUUUACUUGUUCUGUUUUGUCAGCCCUGCUCCCACACAUCCGUUUGAUUCAGAGGUUUCAGUUCAGAAAUCCUUGGACGUGGGGCUUCUGGUAUCCCAGUCAUAGGAUUCCUGAUUGAAAACUUGGACUCAAAUGAUAGUGAUGGGGCAGUGCUGAAGACUUUGGGGUUACACCUUUCAUUAACGGUUUGACCCCUGAAGGUAAGCCAGCACUGGGACUUUCUCGCACCAUAACUUUCUCGCAUUCAUUCAGAUAAAAUUGUUAUGGUGCUCAGAGUGUCCCUGUCAUUUAAUUAAUUCUUCUCUACAUAAUUUAGGUUUAAAACAAGUUACUUGUUUUCUACACAUACGUUGCUAAUCCUGCAAAAACACUAUGAGCUCUCAAGUGCUAUCUCCAAAUGUUUUUAUGGUCUAGAUUUGGUUUGCUUGCCAUCUCAAAAUUGGCCCAAUUAAUAAGCACCUUGUUUUACAGCAGAAAUUAGUGGAGGACUGUAGAUUAUGCCUUGUGCCUCCAUAGGAGACAUCAUAGGUAAUUCUCUUGCAAAGAAAGUAAGAAGUUAAACUUAUCUUAUUCUCUUUCUUUAGCAGGACAGAAGAGAGAAUUCUCAUCUCCGCUCAGCCUCCACGCCAUCCCUAAAUGGAGUAUCUGCUCAGCAUGAUUUUGGUGCUCUAAAGAUCCUCCGUAAUCUGCAGGGCAGAGUCCGUGAGCUGCGGGCAGAUCGCAGAGUGUACCGCGGUGCAAGCAUGGAGGAUCUGAGCAUGCUGAGAAGUGACCUGGGAAAUUCCUUAAUAGAGAAGGUAACUAAGUGCAAAGCUAUUACUUCUAAAAAAUGUUCCAACAGAUUUAUUGUACAACUGCUAUUGUAUUCUGCAAUGCAAUGACACUUUGUAAAUUAUAAAGCUUUGUGUCCAAUUCCCUCUUAAUGUAUCUUAGAAACAAACUUAAUAUAAAAGAAACGCUGAUGAACCUUACACUCUAAUACAAGGAUAUAUAAAAAAAAAUUAAAAUAAAGGAAACCGAAUAACUGAGUAGUAUCAGAGAUUUCAUUAUAUCUGGCCACACUACCAUUUUCUGCUUCAAAGAAUCAAUGUAACAGUCCAUUUCAUAAAAUAUUUAAUAGCCGUCUUCAACUCUGGUAAUUUAGGAUACAAGUGAAACAUAUGGAGAGGGGAGUGAUUGAGACGACUUUUUUACACACGCCAGUUUAAUUUUACCAAGUGCAUAGAAUUGGUUUUACAUGUAAUGCCAUUUCUGUGUAUAUGACAGUUGGGUGUGGAUGACCCUGUGGCAUUUGAAUAAUGUUAUGCACCCGGCUAUUGUGUAACUGAUCUUUAUAGAUUUCAUGUUAUGUGGGGGAGAAGUGAAUGAAUCAGGAUGUAUCAACCGCAACGGGAUAAAACCUCAAUAUUUUCUGUUUCCUUUUCAGAGACCUUUAAUGCCUGACCGAUGCAUGACACCACUCCAAGGAAGAAGUAUUAGGAAAUAAGGCUGUGCUGACUCCACAGUAAGGCAGUCUGUGCUAACUCAAACACAACCAAACAAGAGAACUUCUUAAAUGACUGCAGUUUCUGAACUGUUCCAUCAGGAGCAAAAAUGUAUCUUUAACAUGGAUGUCAUGUAAGUGCUCCCUGUGUGCUCUGCACGAUUAGAGAGGUGUAUGAGUCUUCCCUUUAGGAGGAAUGCCACUUUGUUAAUUGUAAAAUACUAAUGAUCAUUUAUCUCUCAUUUCUGGUCGGCUCAAUUUCCUUUUUUUUUUUUUUGACACAUUGAUUUUUGUAGAGCUGAUUAGAAUACAAAGGAAUUUACGGACCUUUUAAAUAACGUAUUGAGCUCGAGAAUAAAACACGGGACUUUACAUUAACUACAUACAGGUCAGUGAUACAUGGACUUCAACACAAAUAAUUGUGCAAGAAGAAAAUAGAAAAAAAGGAACAUUACACAAAAUAAACAACGAAGCAAGACCAGCUUUUGAAAAACCAGCAAACAAAUCACAAUGUAUAAAAGUUAAAAGUAACUUAACACCUAGCAAAGCUGUAUGGGCACAUUCAAAUAGAAUAUUCUUUCAGUGAUGCAUUAGGUGGUUCUAUGUAAAACUGCAUUUUUAAAUCAGCCAAGUUAUGGUGAGCCUAUGACAAAGUGCACUUAUACAGACCUCUGUAUAUCAUCCAACCCUUGUAAAUCCAUCUAGUCAUGACUACCGAUAUUUAAUAACUUGACAUUACAGAGGUUUAAAACCAUAUUUUCAGUAAGUAUAUACUACAUGAUGACAGCUAAG